CUGCAACUACAGGUCUCCCCGCUCCUUUACCAGAAACGCUAGACGAACAAAUAGCGAGAAAGAGACGGGAAAUCGAAAAGAAGAAAUUACAAAUCCUAAAAAAUCUCGAAGAAGAAUCGAGUCAAAUUGACGAAGACAUACAAAAAUCGUACCAGACAUCCAGAGACACACAAGAAUCUGAUUCCAACGAAGGGGCUACCGAUACCGAUACCAAGAAAGCCAGACGAAAUGAAAUAGCACCGGGGCUACAUAGGAAUCCUACAACAAAGUACAAUAGUUCCAACAAAACCAAAGGUGAUACAACUAAGCAGAGACAAUUGAACAUUCAAACAUUAAGAGGUAUGCAGCGACUACAAGAUGAGGUUAGCCAAAAACUAGUACAGAUCGCUCCAGGUUUCCAGAAACAAUCAGAACUCACAAAGACUGACGAGACCAAGAAGAAUAAAGAAAAGAAGAAACAAAAAGUCAAAGACAUUGGUUCCAAGAAAG